UGAAGAUAUCUUGGCAACUAUCAAUUCAAAUUUGUAUUAAAAAUAUUUUACCUGAUGGUUGCUUAGAUGGAGCAAAUACUUAUAACUUAACAUUAUAUGAAAGUUUACCCAAUGUGAAUAUUUCUAAUUUAAGUACUGAAAAUAACACCAAUAGUAAACUAGAAUAUGACUCUGAAAACAAUUAUGAGUACAAUUCUGAGGACAAUUUGCAGGACAAUUCAAAAAAUAUAAGUGGUUAUCAAAAGAAACAGGUGGACAAUAGUUAUGAUCUACAUUUAUAUACAUGGGAUUGUGAACAGUUUGGUAAAUAUAUUCUAUAUAAGACUGUCUCAUCUAAGAAGCAAAGAAAUAAAGGUUCAAAAAGAUUAAUUGCCCUUUUCUUAUUAAUGCAUCCAAGAGUAAAGGUUCUAAUCAUGAAAUGGUAA